AUGAUACACAAGUCCGGUUCAAAGUACGGUUCGUUCGGCCCAGUCCCAGGGAAAAUAGAAAAAAACUCCAGAUCGGGAGUUAGUAUGGCGGCAUUCAAAUCAUCUAGUGGGAGACUGUUUGAUACUCGACAACUGACAACUUAUAUUCCAGGACCAGGACAUUAUGAUAUUGAUGAGAAACCGAAUCAAUCUAAUUUGCCCCACUCUGCUUUUGCAUCUAAAAGUGAGCGUACCGCGUUAAGAACUACAUCAGAAUUUCCUGGGCCAGGAGCAUAUAAUUUGGUCAAAUAUCAUAAUGCCUCAACUUUAAAAUUAACUAAAUUACAUCCAACAAAAUCAAAUUCAUCAAUGAUAACUUUGAAAACUAUAAAUAAAGAUCAGGAAAAUUAUCCUGGUCCAGGGACAUAUAAUAUCACAACUGAACUAGUACCAAAACAUUUUAUGACUAGUUCAGUUUUCCUAUCCAAUGUACCGCGCUGGAUAAUGCCAAAUGUUCCCGUUGCUCUUGGCAUUGGUGAUAUGGUUGCAAAUAGUUCUUCACUUACAUGUCCUGGUGGAAUUGACGCUUUACUUAAUCCAGGACCAACAAAAUAUAAUCCUUGUCUACCCAAAAAAAUGUCAUUUCAUUAUAAUCUAAAUAACGAGUGGAUUUAUUGA